UACAAUCAGUUUCAUUCCAGCGCUGCUGCCGAUAGUCACUAUCGGUUCUCCCUUCUCUUUACCGUCACCAACAGCACACAUUUGUGUGAGAGCCGGACUGCAAUCUGAGUGCAAUAUUGGCCUGAUAUCCGGGCAGGUGUUCCAUUCCCUCCCAAGUUGACCAGCGAAAUCCAACACGACCUGCCUUAAGCUGUUCCUACUCCUCCGUCCUCUGUGAAGAACGACAACUCGCCUUUCCUUUCCUGACACAAAUUUACUGUGCGUUUGACCUCUGUGGAGACUUGUUAUUGGGUUGUUGCACGAGGGAGAGGUUGGGGAACGCCCUGGAGCGCACUUGUUGUUCGCCGUGCUUCUCUCGCUUCAUCUGCUUGUAGCGUUAUUGCCGUUGCCGUACAGGACUCUUCAGCUAUUGUGACGCGUUCUGUGCGCGUGUUUCUGCUUGGCUUUCCGUCGCAAGCACAUGUCAGAUCUCUCAGCCCACCGCACCUCCCAUGCGGCGUCUCAGGCUUUUCCCGCACCGUCAAGUCAGACAACCACCGUCAAUCAUAAUGACGUUGAGCCACUCCCGUCCUAUUCGAUUCCCGAUCAUCUUGCCCAAGACCUCCUUCGAUUUUACGAAGCAUAUUAUAAUAGUUUUGCACGAGAACCACUUCGGGCAGCGAGCGACAGUGCGCAGAGUGGCACGUUCCCGGCAAAUGAUGUUCCUACCAGCAUACCUGCAAUCCCCACAUCGACGGCAACGGAAAACGUUGCACCGUACAGUGCUCCUAAUCUCUAUACUCCCUACUGGUACGGAUCAAACCAGAAAAACGACUACGACUACAGCCAGGGAUUGGCCGCACUAGAAAAUCUAUAUGGCGCAAGUCUCGCGAGCCUGUAUGCCAACCCCUUUGGAUAUGGUGCAUCUAUGUCCGCAACUUCCAGUUCGUCGAUGCAUGCCACAUCUGGUUCUGCACCACAGAGAUACUUUCCGGCUCCAUCCUCUGUCCACACUCCUUCGGCCCCGUCAUCGUCUGUGGCGACCUCACAGUUAUCGGCUGCUUUGGCUCCGGCAUCCGCAGCACCAGGAGGGAAACAACCGCAUAUAGCCGGCUCUCUACCAGAGGGCACACUGCCGAACUUCUCGUCAUCAAUAACCACUUCUACUGUAUCACCUCCGUCUGCGAACCCAGCGACGGAAGCCGCGUCGCCAGCUCCGUCUGCAGCAACUACCUUGUCAUGCGAAUCAAAUAGAAGAGAACAAACUCUUGGCCACGCCAAGACUGGAGAUGUGGAUAUUUCAUCAGGCCACAACGCCUACCGGACGCCCUAUCGACAGGGUGAAGAAGAAAGCUAUGGCGACUACAUGCUGUCGUUGGAAAACAGCGGAAGGCUCAACGGAAGAGGAGCUUCCGAAGAGUUGGACUUGUACGGCGCGUCCUAUGGUUACGGAGAAUAUGGGUGGCCCACAUAUUACGACAUUCUUGGAAAGCCGGAGCCUUGGUUGAAAUCGACACGUAAGGUUACGUUGGCUGAAAGUAUGGUGCCUUUAUAUGACGGCGAUAUGUUUGAGUCACUUUGGAGAACAAGAUCAUCACCUACCAGUAGCAUUGCGAGUUUCCGCCCGAUGUGUCCGGAAGCGAAUCGAUCACCUUUUGACCUAAGCAGUUUUCCACUGUUGCGGCCGUGGCUGCCAAAAGCCGUUGAUAGACGUAUCAGAAGCCCUUCACUCGAUAUUGAAGAGCAUCCCGAACCGCCAGAACCUGCAGUUGAGGUGAUUGAACAGCAGCCGCCUGCUCAGAAGCUUCGAGGGCCACGAGCAACGUCUGUUCGAGGCAAGCGGAGAAAACGUGAGAAACGCGGAAGAGUCGUGCAAAGCCUCACUGGUAAAAAUGGGGUAGCUAGCUCUAAGCGGGACCGAACACCGCCUGCGCAGCGUGGUGAGGAAAUUGAAGACGGUAACGCAGUCAAUGACGCAGAGGAUCUCAUGCAGCUUAAUCAAGCCUGUUCACCCACGAAGAGCGUCUCGGUCGCUCCCGAAAAUGACCCGUUUGAUGAACGAUUAGGCGUCAUUCAGAAAGCAGGUGAAUUAUACCGAGCGGAGAUGCUGGAAAUCAAGGCACAAGCCGAAUCUAUCCGUAAAAGAUUGUGUGAUUUGGAAUUGCAGCAGGUUGAGCUCGAGGAAAAACUCCUUGGCGAAGGCAACCAUCCGGAGUAUCUUUCCCAAAUUGCUGAAAUCACAGAAAAACGAGAAAGACGGUUGACGAUAGCGGCCAAUCAGCUCCGGCAUACUAUUAUACACAUCAAUAGCCAGUAUGAGGCCGCAGUGAAGCUUGCCUCUGAUACGUUUCUGGAUCGACGGUGGAAUACACGAAAGAAGAUGUUGGACAGUAUCGGCGAAAAGAAGCAACGUUUAGUAGCGGAGAGAAAUCGCGACUUAAGUAGACAACCAGGGCUGACGUUUGCUUAUUCACCGAAAGCUCUCCGAAGACAGCGUGUCGCGCGAGCCGCGCAAUCGCUAGAAGACGCUCCCGGCUGGGUAAAGAAGCGGCUAUGCAAAAAACGCAAAGAUAUCCUAAGGGGCAAGAUCAUUGUUCCAUCCUUUCCGCAGGGAUUGGAAGAGCACGAAAAGGACGAGGAUUUGGCGUUCAUACGUUUGUUGACGACUGGUUUUUCGGCUCCAGAAACUGAAGAUGCAAUGGUUCGAGAUGACCCGACGACAUCAACAGCUAGCGAGACCGAAACCGCUGAUGACUCCGAAACCAGCGGAUAUGACGAGUCUGACGAUGAAAUUGUCAUUACAGAGUCUUCCCCUAUUACGGAACGAUAG